UUGCGACAGGCUGCUGAAAAGUGUGCGUUUGGUGAACAAUUUACCGUGUAUCCUACCCCUUCACCUGCGCACGUUAGUGAGGGCCGGCGUGACGGCCAGGUACGGAAGCCCAGAGGGUUCCGCCCACCGCCACGGGGCCCGCCCCUCCGCCUCUCAACCCGCAGGUUGCCCAGCCCGCCGCGCCGCCGGGCUCCUCCUCCUCCUUUCCGCCCCGCCGGCCGCGGGCGCGGGGGACGUCAGCGCUGCCAGCGUGGAAACAGCGGCGGGGCGCGGGAGGAGGAAGUAGCGCCCCGGACCGCCGGGCCACCAUCGGCCGCCUCAGCCAUGGACGCGUCCCUGGAGAAGAUAGCAGACCCCAUGCUAGCUGAAAUGGGAAAAAACUUGAAGGAGGCAAUGAAGAUGUUGGAGGACAGUCAGAGAAGAACAGAAGAGGAAAAUGGAAAGAAGCUCGUGUCAGGGGAUAUUCCAGGGCCACUCCAGGGCAGUGGACAGGAUAUGGUGAGCAUCCUCCAGCUGGUUCAGAAUCUGAUGCAUGGAGAUGAAGAUGAGGAGCCCCAGAGCCCCAGAAUCCAAAAUAUUGGAGAACAAGGUCAUAUGGCUUUGUUGGGACAUAGUCUGGGAGCUUAUAUUUCAACUCUGGACAAGGAGAAGCUGAGAAAACUUACAACUAGGAUACUUUCAGAUACCACCUUAUGGCUGUGCAGAAUUUUCAGAUAUGAAAAUGGCUGUGCUUAUUUCCACGAAGAGGAAAGAGAAGGACUUGCAAAGAUUUGCAGGCUUGCCAUUCAUUCUCGAUAUGAAGACUUCGUAGUGGAUGGGUUCAAUGUGUUAUAUAACAAAAAGCCUGUCAUAUAUCUUAGUGCUGCUGCUAGACCUGGCCUGGGCCAAUACCUUUGUAAUCAGCUCGGCUUGCCCUUCCCCUGCCUGUGCCGUGUACCCUGUAACACUAUGUUUGGAUCCCAGCAUCAGAUGGAUGUUGCCUUCCUGGAGAAACUGAUUAAAGAUGAUGUAGAACGAGGAAGACUGCCCCUGUUGCUUGUUGCAAAUGCGGGGACUGCAGCAGUAGGACACACAGACAAGAUCGGGCGAUUGAAGGAACUCUGUGAGCAGUAUGGCAUAUGGCUUCACGUGGAGGGCGUGAAUCUGGCAACAUUGGCUCUAGGUUACGUCUCCUCGUCAGUGCUGGCUGCAACCAAAUGUGAUAGCAUGACGAUGACUCCAGGUCCGUGGCUGGGUUUGCCAGCUGUUCCUGCGGUGACACUGUAUAAACAUGACGACCCCGCCUUGACUUUAGUUGCUGGUCUUACAUCAAAUAAGCCCGCAGACAAACUCCGUGCCCUGCCUCUGUGGUUGUCUUUACAAUACUUGGGACUUGAUGGGAUUGUGGAGAGGAUCAAGCAUGCCUGUCAACUGAGUCAACGGUUGCAGGAAAGCUUGAAGAAAGUGAACUACAUCAAGAUCUUGGUAGAAGAUGAGCUCAGCUCCCCAGUGGUGGUAUUCAGAUUUUUCCAGGAAUUACCAGGCUCAGAUCCGGUGUUUAAAGCUGUCCCAGCGCCCAACAUGACACCUUCAGCAGUCGGCCGGGAGAGGCACUCGUGUGACGCACUGAAUCGCUGGCUAGGAGAACAGCUGAAGCAGCUGGUGCCUGCAAGUGGUCUCACAGUCAUGGAUCUGGAAGCUGACGGCACAUGUGUGCGGUUCAGCCCUUUGAUGACAGCAGCAGUUUUAGGAACUCGGGGAGAGGAUGUGGAUCAGCUUGUGGCCUGCAUACAAAGCAAGCUGCCAGUGCUGAGCUGCACGCUCCAGCUGCGCGAAGAGUUCAAGCAGGAGGUGGAAGGAACGGCAGGUCUCCUAUACGUUGAUGACCCUAACUGGCCUGGAAUAGGGGUUGUCAGGUAUGAACAUGCUAAUGAUGAUAAGAGCACUUUGAAAUCAGAUCCUGAAGGGGAAAAAAUCCAUGCUGGACUCGUGAAAAAGUUAAAUGAGCUGGAAUCUGACCUAACAUUUAAAAUAGGCCCUGAGUAUAAGAGCAUGAAGAGCUGCCUGUACGUGGGCAUGGCGAGCGACGACAUUGACGUUGCGGAGCUCGUGGAGACCAUUGCGGCCACAGCCCGGGAGAUAGAGGAGAACUCGAGGCUUCUGGAAAACAUGACAGAAGUGGUUCGGAAAGGCAUUCAGGAAGCUCAGGUCGAACUGCAGAAGGCAAAUGAGGAACGGCUUCUGGAAGAGGGGGUGUUGCGGCAGAUCCCCGUCGUGGGCUCCGUGCUGAAUUGGUUUUCUCCAGUCCAGGCUUUACAGAAGGGAAGAACUUUUAACUUGACAGCAGGCUGUCUGGAGUCCACAGAACCUAUAUAUGUCUACAAAGCACAAGGUGCAGGAGUCACCCCACCUCCAACGCCCUCGGGCACUCGUACCAAGCAGAGGCUUCCAGGCCAGAAGCCUUUUAAAAGGUCCCUGCGAGGUUCAGAUGCUUUGAGUGAGACCAGCUCAGUCAGUCACAUUGAAGACUUAGAAAAGGUGGAGCACCUGUCUGGCGGGCCGGAGCAGAUGACCCUUGAGGCCAGCAGCACUGAGGGACACCCAGGGGCUCCCAGUCCUCGGCACGCUGACCAGACCGAGGCCCUCAAGAAGGGGGCCCUGCGCCCAGAAGUUGACCACCCACAGGUGGGAAAACCAGGGUCCACAGAUUUAAAACUUAGCCUGUAAAUUCUCACCUCUAGUAUUUGCUUGUCAUCUUGCUGCAACCAGAAAUCCACAUGUGGAAAUGGUGUCCAGGAGUACGGUCCUAUACGAAUUUGUUCUGUCUCUGCAUCGUAAAUACUAAUC